AUGCCAUUCCUAUUUCACUCCGUUUUUGUGUCGAAUUUAUUGACAAAGGCUGUGACCAUCAGUAGUACACCAAUUAUUAAUGGUUCAACAAUGACCAUUACGAGAUAUAGUGAUUGGAACAAUAAAGUUGGUGAAUUAAUUGAGCAAAACAAUAUUGACACAGUAAUUAUCAGACCCGAAACACAGAUGUUCAACACAAUUACAGAAAUCGAUGGCUUAAAAGUUUCAACUUUCAUCAUUGAUAAUCUUUUUGUCACAACUUUUGAUGAGAAUGUAUUCAAGGAAAAUAAGUUUAUCAAGACAGUUCAAUUAACAGAUUCAGUUACUGAAAUCUCAGAUUCAUGCUUU